CUUUACACUGCCAACAUACCGCGCCCUGUAGGGCGUCGGGCUCAGGGUGCACUGACAAUAUAUAAACUAUGGGGUUGCUCCUGUCACUGACAAACCGCACCGCGACCCUUCUCUUGCUAACAUGGUUGACGCACUACUCGCCAAGAUACCGUUGCUGCUAUCCGCUGUCUAUUUUGCCCGAUCGUACUGUGGCAAGUCGCCUCAGCCGACACCCAAGAAAUGUGAGGAGAACAAGUUCAAAGGACUCGAAUCGCCCUCGAUGGUCCUCACCUUCGCGCUCGAAUCUUUGCAAAUCAGCCUCCAGUACAGCCGUGCGCACUUCCGACCCGUGACGUCGGAGCACACGUCCAGCUCAGGAAGGGAAGUAGCCCUCACCGGCGCGUUCGUCGUCGGCUGGCUUCUUCUCGCAUCGGGGGCCCUCAUCCGGGCUAUGUGCUAUCGACACCUCGGUCGCUUCUUCACUUUCGAGCUCGCCCUCCGCGAGGGGCACCAGCUCGUGACAACCGGGCCAUACGCCAUCGUCCGCCAUCCAGCAUACACAGGAAGCAUUUCGGCGCUCAUGGGCAUAGCGCUCAUGGAGCUGGGCCCGGGUUCGUACUGGAUCGAGAGCUUGAGGCUAUGGUCGACGCCCGCGGGCGCAGUGAUAGGGUGUCUUUGGCUCGGCACUCUAACCAUCAUUCCGGUUGGAGUCAUAGCACGCACUGCAGCAGAGGAUGAAGUACUUCGGACGGAGUUUGGGACACAGUGGGAUUCUUGGGCGCAGAGGACGAAGUAUAGGCUGGUACCUGGCAUUUUCUGAGCGUUACGUAGCUGUCCGUGGACCAAACAGUUCGCAUAUAAUUCUCAUCGGGGAUGGUUCUAUACGCCAUAGACAAUAAUUGAAACAUUAACAUACUCACGACAGCAGCGCACGCACAUGGACAUGGCUCAUUACAAAAGAUGGACGGUAUACAGGGUUCGCAGAGCAUUCUUUGGACAUAUAUUUCCUCAAGAUGGGCAAUCAGAGCUGCAAUGUAUCAUCAGCAACGAUGUCAUGGUAGAGCAGACGGAUGAAACUCACCCUGAACAAGAAGCCGAGCUGAGAUACAACCAAUCAUGAUAAGCGGCAAGUUUCAGCAAACC